CAUCGGAGCGACUUUUUCGACGCGAGGUUUCAUCCACAGCAAGCUCUGAAGGCUGCAAAAGGUCGAAAAGCUUUUUGUUUCCAGUCAAACCACAGCUACAAGCGGGAAAGCGAUAACAGCAUCGGGAUAUCGGGCGCUGAUGACGGCAGCAUCAGUUUCUGGGAUCGAGAUAAAUUUGACGCACCAUUCCGCACAGAGGGAUACCACCAAAGUGCCGUUCGAAUGCUGACGCUGGACUCUGCAUCUCCUAGGUAUGUUUUCCCCGGUGGCAAUGAUGCGGUGGUCAAUCGCUGGAACUUCCGCCACGAUCGCAUCCAUCGCGACCCGGUUGAGUAUGAGCGUUACAGUGAAUCUUCAGGUAGCCAGAUCUCGACCCAUUUCGGCUCGCUAGGAGCGUCUUCUUCCAAUGGCUUUUCUAAGGGGCUGGGUGGCCUACUGCCAUCGUGUCUGGAUCUCAGCUGA